UGUUCAGCAAAAACAAAUAGACGCCGAAUUGCAAUAUUGAAGAUAUUUUAAAUUAUUGCAAAGAUGUCCAUGAUUCCUUUCUUUCCUAAUCUUAAGCCAACUGUGGCUAAUCGUUUUUGGUUUGAUAUGACAUCCGAUGAUGAGAUGCAAACAAAGCGCUAUGAGGACGAACGCAGGAACUGGCGGGAAUCUUUAAAGACAGCGGCUACAGAUUUGCAACCACUGGGUAAGGUGCACACUAUCACUGGCGUCGAAACAGAUGAUGAGGAUGCCAACGAUGAUAGUGAAGACACCGAUAGUCACGACGAGGAGGAUGAUGAGACAAACGAUCGUGUCAUUCCCGUUACACAGGAUUUCUACUCUGCGGACGAUAUACAAAUGAACGACGAGACUUCGCCCACAGCACCCUAAAAGGAAAGGCAUUGCAUAGAUACACCAUUUAGUUAAGAGUUAGCUACUGUUGCGAUUACAAAGUUCCCUUUACAAACUGUAAUAACAAUUUUCGUUUACUUUAAGCUUAAAUAAAUUAUAAACACAAUAAGCAAA